AAAUGCGCAUGCGUAUUAGCACACGCCUGGAAGCCGAAAUUUAACAUGGGUUGCUUGGCGUUUGUUUUUACACAGUUGUAAUGGCGAUUUAAAUAAUGCAUUUAAUCAGUAAUGGAAAAGGCGCAAAAACCAUAAGAUAGAGGACAAGGAUUUAUCGGCUGUGCAUCAAACCUCAGACUGACUCACGGAAAAUAAUCUUUGCUUGGCAUCUCUGGCUAAAUGUUUGGGGCAACAUCAGGUCCAUACCGCUCCAGAGGAGCAGAUGGUGUAUCUGCAAGCAGAAUGAAGAAAAAAAGUUCACACAAGCAUAAGCACAAGCAUCAUGUGGGGUUAAGCAAGUCAAUAACACCACCUGUACGAAGCAUUGUUGGCUGCAGAAUAAAGCACAAGUGGAAGGAGGAUUGUUACAGUCCAGUAUCUCAUUGGACGGGGACUGUGCUAGACCAAAUUCCAGUAAACCCUUCCCUCUACCUUAUCAAGUAUGAUGGAUUUGAUUGCGUAUAUGGCCUGGAGAUUUUCAGAGAUGAGAGAGUUGAAGGUCUUGAGAUCUUGCCAGACAAAAUCGCUCCAUAUCGAAUUAGUGAUGCUCGUCUAGCCGAGAGGAUGUUGGGUCGAACAGUGGAGCACCAGUUUGAGACCGAAGAUGGAUCGAAGAAUGGCUGGAAAGGGUUGGUGCUUGCCAGAGCCCCCAUCCUGCCCACAUGGUUUUUCAUUACUUAUGAGAAAGAUCCUGUUCUUUACAUGUACCAGCUUCUUGAGGACUAUAAAGAAGGUGACCUUCAAAUACUCUCAGACCCAGGCUAUGUUAACUCCUAAAAUAGCCUGGUAAAAAGUGCAGCCAUGGUGAAAAGAUGGUUUGUGGCCAUGGUGGCCCGUACAAAUCUUCUGAUUAUGGUCGCAUUUUGUUUUACACUAUACCUGUAUAAACCAGACUGCAGAAAUCAUAAACAUCGAAACCAACAAUUUUUGCCCAAAGUGACCAUGGAUGACAUGAAAUAUCAAGCUUUGCUGCAAGAACAUGAGGAGAAAUAUCAUCACUAUACUGCAAGCCUAAGAAAGCAGAUCUUCCAUUUAAAAUAUACUCUCAAAGAGAAAAGAUAUCUCCAGAAGUCUGUACAACAGGCUGCUAUAAUGCAUCCAGUGGAGCUGGAGGAAAGACGCAAAAGUAACUCAGAACUUGAGGUGUUCCUUCACAAACAGCUGCAUCGCAUGAAAAGUAAUGUAGGUGCAAAUAUACCAAAUGAGUAUGCUGCGGUGCCAUUUGAGAGCUUUACACUUGACAGUGUCUAUCAGCUUGACACCGGGCUCACAAGGGAUCCUGUGCGAAAAACACUUCGAAGGGAUAUGGUUGGUGCAUUAGAAGCAGCUCUGCAUAUCCUUAACGGUCCUAAAGAUAAGGAUGACCCUCAGUAUCGUAAGAUAUACUCACCACGUGAUUUCUUUGAGGGAAUUUUUAAUUCUGAAAGAGAUAAAGGAUCUCUAUAUGAUAUCACAUUCAGAGACAAUACUUCUCUGGACUUCAGAAGGCUGGAGCUCUUUCGGCCAUUUGCACCUUUGCAAAACAUUAAGGAAGAAGCAAUUGACACAUCCAGGAUGCUAAUAAAUAUUAUUGUGCCAUUGGCCACUAGGCUUGACACAUUUCAACAAUUUAUGAACAAUUUUAGGGAAAUUUGUGCUGAGGAUGAAAGAAUCCAUCUUACUGUUGUGAAUUUUGGAACAGAGAAGUUAAAUGAAGUAAGAAGAAUAAUAGACACUGCUGCAAGGAGAAUGAGAUCAAGGAACUUCACUCUAAUCCAUCUCAAUGAGAAGUUCUCCAGAGGACGAGCUUUGAACAUGGGAGCUCAAGCUUGGAAGAAGAGCAAUGUCCUGCUAUUUUUUUGUGAUGUUGAUGUCCACUUUACUGUUGAUUUCCUAAACUCCUGCCGCAUUAAUGCCCAACCUGGUAAAAGAGUCUUCUACCCUAUACCUUUCAGCCAGUACAACCCAGAUCUAAUUUACGGAGACCAUAUACCUACUCUUGAAAAACAGAAGGUAACCAAUAAAAGCACUGGAUUCUGGAGAGAUUUUGGCUUUGGUAUAACAUGUCAGUAUUUGUCAGAUUUCAUCAACAUAGGAGGUUUUGAAAUAACAAUCAAAUCUUGGGGAAAAGAAGAUUUGCACCUGUACAGAAAAUACCUGCACAGCAAACUUAUGGUAGUGCGUGCACCUUCACGAGAACUGUUCCAUAUGUGGCAUAAGACAACUUGUGCAGAAAACCUACCAACAGAAUCAUUUAAAGAAUGCAUACAGUCUAGAGCCUUGAAUGAGGCCUCUCAUAGUCAAAUGGGAAAAUUAUUCUUUCACCAACAAAUAGCCAAUCAUCUAAACAAAUACAAUCAAACAGAAACUCUACGAUAGCGGGGAAGACUUUACACAUAAAUGAGCAAAAUAUAUUAUGCCAUAAACACUUUAAUAAUGCAAGCCUUUUUUUGUAAUUUAUUUGUAUACAAGGUUGUACAAGAUUUUAGGUGACUACUUGAGUUAUCCCAGACACAGAUAAAAUCCAUGAUGAUGGCAAUGUUUUUAUAAUGCUCUAGAAUAUAAUCUCCUUCAAAUGUAUUGGAAUAGCUAUAGACUGAGACAUUUUGGGUUUGAGUUCAAAAGGCGAACAUGAGAUGAUAGAAUCGAAUUUCAGCUUUCAGUUCCUUAUAUUUAUCUGUAAUGAAAAUUUAGAACAUGGGACCUUUGGUGGACAAACUCCACAAUUUUAGGGUGAGCAAAAGUAUAGGAACAGACAGCCUUAAAGUAAAUUAAAGUAAAUAACAUGUAUUAAUAUUUAGUUGCAUAUGCUAUACUUUCUUUCUUCACACUUAGUCCUUUACAUCACUUUGUUAGAGGUUUCUUUGUUUAUUCCAGUCUAAUCUUCUGAUUCUUACUGCUGAUAAG